CAACUGUGACAAUAGCCAGCGGUGUAUACACACUUGGCUGCAGGGGCCAUCUGCAGGUGCCUGUGCAGUGACAGGGCCAGUUGCAGACACGUACAUAGUGGUGGGAGUAUCCUGACAGUUGCGGAUGCCUUGGCAUGCACUACUGGGUCUCACCUUGGUGCGCAGUGGUGGAGGAUGGUGUUGAAAUUCAGGCUGGGGGAAUGCAAGUAUACAGCUGGAGAGUUUAGCUGCUGUUGAGCUCUGGGGUGCAGGACAGUGACAGGAGUCAGAGUCAGAUCAGGGCCCACAAACAGCUUUGCUGUGAGCAUUUACAUGCAUUGACAUGGCUGUAGGAUCUUGCCACACCUAUGGGAGCCAGUGAUGGAAGUUGGACUAGUAGUAUUCACGUGCACAGCUGGAGGGGUUAGUUCCAAGUGCACUCACAUUGGUGAGAGACAGCCGUGGAGGUCUGGGCUGGUGUUUUGCCCUCAGGCAGCCACAGAGGCCUGGGCUGGCUUCCUGUGUCAGUUUUGGUCCUGAGGUCUAGCAGGGUCAGAGAGGAGAAAAGGGAGCCAGGAGCCAGAGCUGGGAGGCACUUGGAAAGCUCCACUUGUGAUCACAAAUACCUGUGGGAUGAAAAUUAGUGAGUCUGCAGUGGCUGAACUGACCUUUGUUCCGUUCAGUGGUGAAAGCUGCUGGAAUUCUCUGCAGAGAAGAUCGCUGGGAAAUACAGUCACUUCUGUUGUGUGGGAUACUAGUAGCAUGCACCCCCGCCCCCUUUCUUCCUUGUUCCUAGCCAUCUGAACAGCUUCAGCUGGUCUCUGCUGAGGUGAAACCAAAGGAGGUUGCUCGCUCCACUCUGUUUCCCAGCAAGGAGAACUCUUUCUAGCCGGGGAGUUCCCUCUUGGUGCUGAGUAAUGCUGGCCUGGAGAAUAGGAUGAUGCAAUUUAAAUGUUUGGUAGAACACCUCAUCAGACUGCUGAGGUGCACGGCACUGACAACUACAUAGUCCUUGAUGGAUUAUUCUGUUUAUAGGAUGUUUGGUCCAGUGCAAAAUCCAGAGAGAUCGAUGAUGCAGAAGCCACCAAAACAUCCCCAUCAUUGCCAACACAAGUGGGCACGCAAAGAUUACCCUGAAUGUCCAAAGUGGCAUCUGACUGCUCUGAGACUGACCAGCAUUGCACUGGUUAUACUUGUUGCUACAGUGAUAGGACUAACUCUUUGGGUGUGUCACCUAAGAAUACAUUCUUUCAGUGAUAACUACAGUAUGAAGAUGCUUGGUAGUGAGAAUGGAACCAAAGAUUGCGAUUGUAUGAAUAUUCCUCCCAGGAAACAGCUGGGAAAUACAAACUUCGCAACAAACCCUAGACUAAACUUAUGCCCUAAUGAUUGGGUACAGGAGAAAGGGAAAUGUUAUAAAUUUUUUAAAAAUUUUGAAUCAUGGAUCGAUACCCAAAAAUUCUGUUCAAUAAUGAAAUCACAUCUCUUGAUGAUCCAAGACAAGGCUGAACUGGAUUUCAUACAAAAUAAUAUACAAGAUGGAAUCUACUUUUGGAUUGCUUUAAACAUUACACAUCCACAAAAGACAUGGACCUGGUUGGAUGGCACCCCAUUAAAUCCACAGUUGUUUCAAGUCACGGGCCAGGUUGAAGAUAAUGCCUGUGCUGUGAUAACAAAGAAGGGUGUUUUUUCUGAAAAGUGUCACAGUCACAAUUACUGGAUUUGUCAAGAUGUGGUUUCUUCAGAUGAUGGCCUUUAAAUAGAUCACGGGUAUCUUUCCCAUCAAAAAAAUUCUCAAAUACACUUUAUUUAUGUAUUUUUAUAGAAAAAAACACUUUGUUUCUACAACAAACAUAUGAUAAUAAUGAUGGUAAUAGUAUAGAUUUGUGUUACUAUAAAUGCAAGUAAUCACCCUCACUGAGUCUUUAGCUAUACCUGGUCACUCUCACUUUAUUUCCAUAGACAUCUCUCACUCUUGAUAGUGGCUAUCUCAGACAGAAAUUAUCCUUUUGUCUCCUCAAUAAUUUUCUCCCUGCACCUGUCAUCCACCAUUAUCAGAAGAGCUUGUGUUUUUUUUUGUGUGUGUUUGUUUGUUUUUAAAGAGAACAUAUUAUAUAUAUUCCUGAACUUUCUAACAUUGGGUCUACAUAUUCAUCUUCAUCUUACUUAUUACUUUUUCUUCUCCUCCUAUUUCCAAAAAAACAAAAACAAAAACAAAAACAAAAAACCCAGUAUCUCUCUUUCUGUCUAAAUCAAAUCUGUAAGUCUGUAGUCAGGAUUGCAUCCAUUUUAAUUUUUUCAGGGAAAUUCUUUCCUUGACUACCUCCUCUCUAACCUCUCCUUAUGCUUCCUUUUCUAACAGCAGCUAAACAUGCUAGAGCAACAAGAAAACUUUCCCUCAACCCACAUGCGGUUUCUAGUUUCUGCCCAUUUUUUUCCCCAUCCCUUACAAGUCAAACUUCCUAAAAAUUGUUGAUGUUCCCUUUUUCUUCUUUUUACCUCAAGUUCUCAAAUCUGAUCUCUGCUUUUCGUACUAUUUCACUAAAGUGUUCUCACCAUGUCACCAAUGACUUUUUUUCUGGCUAAAUACAAUGAGAAAUUUUUAGCUUUCACUUUAACUCUCAGCAAAUUCUCUCAUUAUUGACCUAUCCUUUCUUCUCGAAGUAUUCUCUAAUCUAAAUACCCUCAGCAUCUGCAACACAAAGCUAUCUUGAACUUCUGUCUAUCUCUCCAGCCAUUCUUCCUCAGUCAUUUCUGCAGUGUUUCUUUCCUCUUCUGAUCUCUUAAAUCCUGAUGUUCCUCAGAGUUUUGUGUAGGUCCCCUAUCACACACAAUUCUUGGCUGAAAACAUUCAAGCUGUAAUUUCAAUUGCCAUCAAUUUAUUGAUAAUUCCCAAACCUUUACUUCUAGCCCAGACCUUAUUACAGUGGAUCAUUCAUUGAGCGUCUCUAUUUGAAUACCUCGAGGCUCUUCAAUCUUCACAUGUUAAAAAUUAAAUUUAUUAACUUAGUGAAUGACAGCAACAUGCACACACUAAUCCAAGCCAGAGUCCUUGGAAUUAACCAUGACUUCCAUUUUUUCACCCCAAUAUUCAAACACUUAUUUAAUUUCUGUCAAUUUUACUACUUAAAUAUUUCUGGAAUUCAUCUACAUAUCUUCAUACCUACUUUGUAAUCCUGGAUUAUUGCCGUAAUCUUUUUGCCUGCUUCUAAUUUUGUCUGCCAAAGUCCAUUCUCCAUAUGGUGACGUAGUGACUCUCUAAAUCUCAUACUAGACCACAGUACUUACCUCAUUCUCUUCAGUGGCUUUUCAUUGCUUAAAACUUUUUCCAGUGCCUAUCACACCCUUUGUGUCACAGCUCCUCUGUAUUCCUCCCCACUUUCAUGUGCGUAAUGAUGUAGACACUUUAAACUUUUUUUGUUCCUCAAAUGCAUCAUGCUUUCUCAGGCCUCUGAUCUAAUCACAUAUUGUUUGCUUCAAUUUAAAACUUUUUAUUUUUUCCUUUUCUUAACUUUAAACUCUUACUUAAUUUUCAGGUGUCUAGUUAAAUGUUAUCUGAAGGAAAAUACUUUCUUGACCAUUCUUCACUACAGACUAAAUUACAUGGAUUUUAUAUAUAUUUUCAUAACUCCCUAUACUUAUCUAAUCUUAACAUCUAGUACCUUCUUUUUUGGACAUUGUUUAAUUAAUUGUGUUUCUUCAUGCACUGUAAGCUCUGUAAGGUCAAAAAUCCUUAUCAUUGUUUGGAACAAUGAUGUAUAAUGGAAGAUAAAUAAGUACCUUUUAUGUUGUUGAGUAUGUAUUUGUAACAUGUUCUAUGAUUUUCCCAGCACAACUUUUACUAGUUAUGCAAAUAUUCCCCUAGUUUAAUCAUAAUCUGCAUAUAGAGAAAUAAACCACUUAAUUUUUUUUUAAAAAAGCUCACGUUAGGUUUACAAGAGAUAAUAAAUAAAAUUUUUCUGGUU